AUGUCGUCCCGAGAAAGAAGGACGACAAUUACUGUAGAUCACCCAACGUCAUCCUCCAUUACAGACGGAGAGGACGAGCAAUACAGCACCGAGCAGAGCGACUCUCAGGCGGACGAGGCGGAGUGGUCGCAGGACGACGACAUAGACCCUAGCGACUCGGCUUCCGCGGCGGCAGACUACCACCCUCAACCCCAGCGACCUCACAGUCGGGGUGCUGCGCGCAACCCUCCGCGCCAGCACAGCAUUCCCCGACAGCAAAGGUUCUUCAGAGCGGCGCCGCCGCAACCACCACCGCCACCGGAUCACAUGCAAACCAUGAGCAACGAUACAUAUGAAGAAUCGAUGUACAGCUCGCGAGGCGGCCCCUUUGCGCCUCCUCACCCGGGAUAUUAUGGAGCGAGGGGUGGUUUCCCAGGGCCUCAGAGCAUCGCUAGCGGAUACGGACCCGCGCAUCAUGGCUACGGAGGGCAGAUGGUGCCAUUUGCCUCGAAUCCCUUCAGUCCGAUGGCGCCUGGGGGAGCUGCCGGCUACUUCCCGGAGCAGCGGCCGUACGACAUGAUGCCUUAUCAGCAACCCGGAUUCUUUGGCGGUGCUGGCCCCGUUGCUGCCCCGAGCUACGGCAUGCCGCCACACCACGUUGCGCAAUACAUGUACUCAUCGCCGCCGCCUCCCCCUACCGAAGCGCCGGGCCCGCCCAAGACUCCAGCGCCGGCAGAGGAGAAACCAAACCCUCAAAUGGUGCAAAUGAAGCAGCAAUUAGAGCUCCUGCAGGCGGAACGCAAGCAACAGGAGGAGUCGAAAAAACAGGCUGACAUGGAGAAGAAAAUUAGGGAGGACGCCGAGCGCGCCUUCAAGAUCCGGAUGGAGGAGAUGCAGCGGGCGCAGGAAGAGGCCAAGAAGGAGAUCGAGCUUGCCAAAAUCGCAGCCGAGAGAGCCGCCCGGGAGCGCAUCGAGGAAGAGCGCAAGGCCGAGGCCGAGCGCCAGAGGCAGCACGCAGAGAUGAUGGCCAAGGCCGAACGUGACGCCAGGGACCGUAUCGAGAAGGAGAGGAAAGAGGAAGCUGAGCGCGCGCGCCAGCAUGCCGAGGCCAUGGCAAAGGCCGAGCGCGAUGCUAAGGAAAAAUACGAGGCUGCUCUGAAGGCCGAGGAGGAACGCAAGGCACAACAGGAGGAAGAGCGGAAGAGGGCGGAAGAAGCGGCCAAACUCAGGUACGAGGCCGAAGCGAAAGCCAAAGAAGAGGCGCAGAAGCUGGCCGAGAAGCAAGCGGCAGAGGAGGCUGAGCGGAAGAAGUUGUUCGAGGAGGAGAUGAGAGUCAAGGCGGAGAAGGAUCUCCGUGACAAAAUCGCGGCCGACAAGAAGGCGGAGGAAGAGAGGAAGACAGCGGAAGAAGCGGCCAAGCUCAGAUACGAGAAUGAGGCGCGACUGAAAUUCGAGAAGGAGCGCCUCGACGCGGAAGAGGCCAAGAACAAGGAGGAGGCCGCCAAGAAAGCUCAAGAAGAUCUCCUUAAGAAGAUCGAGGAGGAGACCAAAAUCAAGGUGGCCGAAGAAGCAAAGAAGGCGGCCGGCGACGACAAGGAGCCCAUCAAGUUUAAGGACGCCGUAGGGAGGAAGUUCAACUUCCCCUGGAAUCUUUGCGCAACGUGGACUAGCAUGGAAGAUCUCAUCAAGCAAGCCUUCACGCACGUCGAGGUUAUUGGCCAUCAUGUGCAAGAAGGCCGCUACGACCUGAUAGGGCCCGACGGCGAGAUCAUCCUCCCCGUGGUCUGGGACAAGACGAUCCAGCCGGGCUGGCAGAUCAACAUGCGCAUGUGGCCAGGGACAGACAAGGCCCCGAUGCCAGGUCCGCACCCUGGCCAGCACAUGACGGCGGAGCAAUACCGGGCUCAUAUGAUGCGGCAGCAAGCGAUUCGCCAGGCUCAGGCCGCGGGGCGCGGCGGGGGCGGACACGCGCACGCACACGGUCACCACGGCGCCGGACGUGCCGCGCCUAUGAGACCGCCUGGCUUCACUGGGAUGCCAUUUGGAGGGAAUCCCCCGCCGCCGCCCGGGAUGGGCCCGUUCAGGCCGCCGGGUGGCGAGGGCCGGCCGCCUAUGGUGGAGGUUGUCGACGCACGGCCGAAGAAGGACAAAGGCAAAAAGUCGAAGAAGGCGUUGGGUUUCUUUUCCGGUACCAAACCUAAGAAGAGCUCGAGUUCAAAGAAGUUUGUCUAUACUGACCCUGUUGGGUAUUCCAUAUAA